AAAUGAAUAUGCAUGCAAAUAAUUCUUAUCAUGCAGCAGUGAUCCUUGAUUGAUUGUUCGUAUUUAAUUUAAGAAAACGAUGCAUUGAGCGUAUGCACAUAUCUUUUUUUUCUUUCUUUCUUUUGAUUAACAUGACUGUAUUAAAGUGGGGCUGGGUAUUGCAUCAAAAGACAGGCUUCAGAUUUAGUCCUUCUGUUUGGAAAAAGAGAUAUUUAGUAUUAACAACAACUUCCAUUCAUGUGCAUAAAUCAGAGAAGGGUGUGAUAUCCUCUUUGUUUGAUGAAAAUGCAAGCAAAAUUUAUGUCUGGUCGAAUUAUCAAGCAGCCAAAAGUCAAAGCACACAUGUGUUUAUGAUUGAACCAAGGAAUUCGAAACUACGUACGCUCAAGUUUAAAAGCAGCGAUCAACAAGAGAGAGAGAAAUGGCUGGAUGUCAUGAACGAGCAAUUGAAUUUAACAAUGAAAAUAUGGUCCUCACCACAAAUAGCUCUUGAAGCGCAUUUGUCAGAGCCAGAACCAACCUCUUCUCUUCCUACAGGAUCUGUACUCGAUAAAUGGUUGGUUGGUUUAGGAUUUGAAAAGACAAGCCAUUCAUUGACCAAAGAGCAUCAUGAUUUUCGGGAUAAGGGAAGUAUGCUUCAUAUCCUAUCUCGCAUAUAAAAAAACAGACAAUAAAUUGCUGCUCAUUGUGUAAAUUGUAUGAUUAGAACAAGU